UAAUAUGUAAUGGAUUUCGAUUAGUAUAUUGAAUUAAUUUCUUAAUUUAAUAAGGUGAUGUCAUUUUUAUGGACGACAUAUCAUGUAAAUAGUUUUAAAUGAAACAUUCAUAGUGCGCGCGCAGUUAUAGAGCCGAGCCCUUAGAUGUCAUUGAAAAUAAAUGAAAGGAAAUCCGCCCGCGAGUAGAGAUCUAAUAUUAUUCAAAUGCAUAAAUGUUGCACUUCAAGUCAAACAAGAAUAUCUCAGAGGAGAAUAAAUGGUCUACAACUACCGCUGAACUAUCAGCAAAUUAUUGGCUGGAUUAUUUUUGUUAUUACUGGAACAAUCAACAUUGUGAUACUCGCAGAAGUUCAAUUUGAUGAGUUGCGAAUCGUAGCUUUAGCCACGUACAUGUUCCUAUAUAUAUCUCACAUGGUGUCACAUGUUACAGCAUCUUAUAUCGAUCCAAGUGAAAACUCCUUACGGAAGCUGCCGAGGAAUAAUGUGCCAGAAUUCGACCGAAGUAUUCACGCCCACGUAAUUGAAAAUGGGAGGUGUCAUCUAUGCAACAUAUACACAAGCAGUAAAAAAACCAAACACUGCAGCAUCUGCAAUAAGUGUGUGGAUCAUUUCGAUCACCAUUGCAAGUGGUUAAAUAAUUGUGUCGGAAUGAGAAACUAUACAUCAUUUGUAGCGAGCGUUAUAACUGCUCUAUUGAUAUCUGUCAUUACGUCGUCGCUAUGUGUAACUGACAUAGUAUUAUUUAUAUUGUAUCCACAACGGUUAAGCCCUACAGCACAGGAAUUUAUAAACUGCACAACGGUCGAUAAGUCCCAUUACAUUAAAUACUGCAGUCAAUCUAUAAUAUUUUUAGUGUUAUUAAUAAUACUUUGUAUUAGUGCCUUUGCAAUCGCUUGUGCCUUAUUACAUUUAUGUUGUUUUCAUAUUUAUAUAUCAAUUUUAGGUGUUUCUACUUAUGAGUAUAUUAUGAAAAGCGAUACAUCGGAUACAUUUAACAAAUGUAUCUGCCCUAGAAUGAAUAUAUCAAAUAAAUUGAACGUGGGUAAAAUAAAAAAACGAAGUAAAACAUAUCAUUCGGAAAUCGAAUGUUCGGAACAGGGAAUAGGAGAUUCUGAUCCAAGGAAAUUAGAAAAAGUAAAUAAUUCGCCAGUUAGCAGUGAACCAAACUUAUCAAACCUAAUCGGUGUAAUAAUCAAUAGUGAAUUAAGUAAAGCAAAAAAGAUUUUUUUUUAUGACAGGAAUAAAAUACAUCCCCACAAAGAAAAUAGUAGCGGUAGCUAAUAAAUAGUAUACGAUUACUUAAUCACGUCAGUCAGGUAUUUAGUACGAAGUCGCAAUAAUAAUAAGCUUUUAUAUAAAUUGCGUUACUUCAAAUUUUUUUUCUUUCCUCCACAAGUUUCCUUUGAGAAAACAUGUACCAACUUGCUAUAAACCUACGACAUUUAAAACGCUGCAUGCUGUGAAACUAAUGUGAAUAAUGCAUCUUGAUAUGCCUUCCACCAUCCACAGAAAUAGUACCUACUUGUAGGGAGACAAGACCUAUCUUGCAUAAACGCAUGAA